AAACGGUGUUAUUUUACUUCAUUUAUAGUACCUCUCCCCUGGCGGAAUGUACCAUUUCAAGUAUAGGGGAAGCGUGAGAGAAAGAAAUAGAGUACGUUACGUAUUGAACGGUAUAUCACUACACAAAAUAAUAUGAACGUAUAUAAUUUUACUAUUUUUUCAGACAAUAUUUAGGACAUUAGUUUUUUAUUUCGUACGUACUCCAAGAUUCUCACAAAUACCAUGACUUCUCCCCUACACCUCUUUUGGAUUUGGUGCAACCCUGUACGUUUAAACCGAGAGGACACCCGUAGCGACUUCCCGAUGGAAAAAAAAUAAAAUAAAUAAAUAAAUAAAUAAUAAAAGAGUAGCUAGAAGCAGAGGCAAGGGGGAACGGAGGUGUAAAUACAAAGCGAAAGCGCUCUAUGUCUUUCUCUCUGUCUCUCUCUCUCUCUCUCUCUCUCUCUCUCUCGCUCGCUCUCUCCCUCUCUCUCUUUCUCUCUCUCUCUCUCUCUCUCUCUCUCUCUCCCCCCUCUCACUCUGCGUUUUUUUAUGAAAUGAACAACUGAGGAGGGCAACAUAUACAGGGGACGCGCCUCCGCGCCGGGAACGAGCUUUUCAUAUCUAACUCAUUCCACGUUACAUGUUUAUACGCGCGUGUAAAUAUUUGCCCGCGACUGCAACUGUAGAUCGGGAGCUGCGCGUGACAUCCCGAGACUGUCUCACGCACUUCGGAGGACCAGUCGCUGACUUGCCGCCUCUGCUGAUCAACGGGUCGCCGUCGACGAUGACAACUUUAGCGAACGGACAGGCGGACGCCGCGGUGCACGUAGCGGCCGGCGCGAACGGGCUCGUGAACGGAAUAAGCCACGGUCACGGCGCGCCGGGCUGCGCCACCAUUCCCAUGAAGGACCAUGACGCCAUCAAGCUGUUCGUCGGCCAGAUACCGCGCAACCUGGAUGAGAAAGACCUGCGGCCGCUCUUCGAGGAGUUCGGCAAGAUCUACGAGCUCACCGUGCUGAAGGACCGAUUCACGGGCAUGCACAAAGGCUGUGCCUUUCUCACAUACUGUGCCAGAGAGUCAGCACUGAAAGCCCAGACGGCCCUGCAUGAGCAGAAGACAUUGCCAGGGAUGAACAGGCCAAUCCAGGUGAAACCUGCCGACAGCGAGAGCAGAGGAGAAGACAGAAAGCUGUUUGUGGGCAUGCUGAACAAGCAGCAGUGCGAGGACGACGUGCGGCGCCUGUUUGAGGCCUUCGGCAGCAUCGAGGAGUGCACCAUUCUCCGAGGCCCUGAUGGAAACAGCAAAGGCUGUGCGUUUGUGAAGUACUCCUCUCAUGCAGAAGCUCAGGCGGCCAUCAGCGCACUCCACGGCAGCCAAACCAUGCCUGGUGCCUCUUCCAGUCUGGUUGUGAAGUUUGCAGACACAGAUAAAGAACGCACCAUUCGGCGCAUGCAGCAGAUGGCUGGUCAGAUGGGCAUCUUCAAUCCUAUGGCCCUGCAGUUUGGAGCGUAUGGAGCUUACGCACAGGUGCAGCAGCAGGCAGCAUUGAUGGCGUCUGUAGGACAGGGAGCGUACCUCAGUCCUAUGGCUGCAUUCGCUGCAGCUCAGAUGCAGCACAUGGCCACCAUCAAUGGCCUGCCAGGAGCCCCCAUGACCCCCACGUCAGGAGGAAGCACGCCCCCUGGCAUUACUGCUCCCACGGUGACCAGCAUCCCCUCUCCAAUCAGUGUUAACGGUUUCACAGGACUGCCUCCUCCACAAGCCAACGGCCAGCCCCCCGCUGAGGCCGUGUUCACCAACGGGAUCCACCCAUACCCAGUGUUGCAGGAGGUGGUUUUUAGGGAAGACUCGGAGAAGGGCGGCUUGGGCGUCGCUCAGCGGAGUUGUUUUGGUGUACAGGGAAGCUGUUUCCUCUCUUCUCUAUCUGAAGCCCAGAGUCCCACAGCAGCUGAUCCUCUUCAGCAGGCGUAUGCAGGAGUCCAGCAAUAUGCAGCAGCCUACCCAGCUGCAUACGGACAGAUCAGCCAGGCCUUUCCUCAGCCUCCUCCUAUAAUCCCCCAGCAGCAGAGAGAAGGGCCGGAAGGCUGUAACCUGUUCAUCUACCACCUCCCUCAGGAGUUUGGGGAUGGCGAGCUGAUGCAGAUGUUCCUGCCUUUCGGUAAUGUCAUCUCCUCCAAAGUGUUUGUGGAUCGGGCGACAAACCAAAGUAAAUGCUUUGGCUUUGUGAGCUUCGAUAACCCAGCCAGUGCCCAGGCUGCCAUCCAGUCCAUGAAUGGCUUCCAGAUCGGCAUGAAGAGACUCAAAGUACAGCUCAAAAGGCCAAAGGAUGCCAACCGCCCUUAUUAGCCCCGCCCCCUGAUGUCCCUCACCCUGGAGGUGAAGGCCACUGUAGCACUGGGGGAACAACAGGUUUUGUAGAGUGGGAACACAUGUUGAUAACAUGACUAACACACAAAAGAGACACAAAAGGACAAGCUCAACGUGGCUGGGGGUGUGGACGUGAGACUGAGGGGUGUG